AUAUUGAAUUUUUUGUAAUAUCGAAUUUCAAUGUUUUAUAUUGACAGCAAAAUCUAGGAUAUCGCGGCUGAGCUGGCAAUAUCUCCUAUCUCGCAUUUUUACGAUUUUGAGCUUUAUUGUGAUAUAGAUACAGAUGCACGUUCCGCAACCGUUAGUAAACAUCUCCUAUUGGCCAAAAAUCUCGUUUGUUUGAAAAUUUGGCCUUGAAAUUUCUCCUAUUAAAAUGCUGCCCAAAAACAGUAUUGCAAUAUCUCCUAUUACACAGUUUUAUUUGAGGCAAGUUGUUAUGUGUGUCGUGCUCCCGAAUUUUCCUAUUUUUGAAGCUAAUAGUGGCUUAGGCGAUAGGAGCUUUUGCCUCGAAAAAUAUCUAAGAAUAUUGUGCAAAUAGGAGGUUUUGUCAGAAUGACUUCACGCGGCAAGAAAAUUUUAGCUAUGAUAACUACCAACCAAAAAUCCAAAAGUGAUAUUGAUAAUAAUGAAUUUAAUAAGACUGAUGAACAAACGAAGAAUACUAAUGAUAAUAAAGAAAAUAAGACUUAUAAUGAAACUAACUGUGAUAAUAUUAACGUCAUUGAACCUACCGAAAGUACAAAAAAAAUAAAAUUUGAUAUUGAAAAUCUACCGGUGGUGAUGCUAGAUGGACAGAAUGAGCUUGAGAAUUCUAAAGAAGAUAAUGAAGAAAACAAUCUUGUUUCCCUGUGCUUUGAUAGCCUGUUGGAGGAUAACGCUACAGUAUCGCUUGAAGAGGAAUAUUAUAUGUAUGAGCUAGAUGAAAAUGGUGUGCUGAUUAAUCAAACUCUGCUAAAUCCUUUGGAAAUAUCGAUCAAUUCAGAACUUGAACAAUCAACAAAUAAUCUAGAAAGAUCUGAAGUAAUGAAUGAUUUGCUUGAUAACAAUGAAACUGGCAGUGAAUCAGUGAGGAGUAGCUCACUAGAAAAAAACGAUGGAGUCGUAGAACAGAAUUACCAAUCAACCUAUGAUAAUGAAAAAGAUAACGAUUCAGACUACCAACCCGAAUCGGAAAUCAACAAUAAUAGUUCCGAUUCGGAGGAUUCGGAGAUGAUUGAUCGAACAGAAAAUGCCAAUUUAGAUGCAGAAAUUGGGAAUCAAGAAGAAAAUAAUAAGGCGCGUAAAAGAAGAUUAGUUGCCAAUUCGGAAGAGUGGAAAAGAAAUAAAAAUAAAAAACUAAGGCUAGAAGGAAAACCUUAUCUCGGUUUUAGCAAGAAGAAAGGAGAGAAAAUGAAGCAGGAUACUCAAAGGGUUGAACGAAGAUUGAAAGAAACAUGCAAAUCUACAAAAUGCAAAAAAAGUACUAAGAGAUUUUGUCAACAAUUUACAGAAGAAACACGACAACAAAUUUUUAGUAAAUUUUGGAACGAAACGGAUUGGGGUCAAAGAAAGGUUUUUGUAUCUUCGAAUGUAAUCAAACAAAAUACUGCACGGGGUAGAGAAGCAUCACGAAGACAGGGUACAUACUUAUAUUAUUUGAAUUCAGGAGACAAAAGACUUCAAGUUUGUAGGCAAAUGUUCAUAAAAACUUUAGGCCUAGGAUAUAAAACUAUCCAAGAUUGGGUAAGUAAGGGCACAUUUGGCAUGGGUUCCGAAUCUUCCAGGAACACCAACUAUAACAGGGAUAAAUACGCUAAUCAGUACAAAAAUCUAAAUACAUUUUUUGAGCAGUUACCUAAGUUGCCAGCACAUUAUUGUAGAAAAGAUACCUCAAAACUCUACCUAGAGCAAUCCUUCCAGACCUUCACUGAUCUUUAUAAAGCUUACACAGACUAUUGCACAGAAGUUGAUACUGGUCAGCCUCUCAACAGAAAAAUUUUCAGAAAAGCGUUUAAAGAGAAAAACCUCUCUAUAUUUUCACCUAAGAAGGAUCAGUGCAAUACUUGCUUUUCCUAUAAAUAUAAUAACAUUGAGGAGUCAAAGUGGAAAACACACAUUGAAAAUAAAAAUAAAGCUAGGGAAGAAAAAAUCAAAGACAAAAAGUUAGCAGAAGAGGAAUCCAAAUGCAUAACAGAAUCCAAAGUACCAAUUAUCAUCUACUCUGACGGAUGUGGUUUUCAAAACCGAAACAAAGUGUUGGCGAAUGCUUUGCUGAACUUGGCAAUGAAACAUGAAGUUACCAUUUACCAAAAGUAUCUUGAACCGGGGCAUACCCAAAUGGAAUGUGACUCGGUUCAUAGCCUAAUUGAGCGUAAAUUAAAAAACAGAGAAAUUCACUUACCAAGUGAUUAUUGCUCAGUGUCAAGAGAAUGUAGGGUUACUCCUAGACCUUAUGAUGUAAAGUUGCUGGAAUUUAAUUUCUUUAAAAACUAUGCAGAAACUAAACAUUUAAGAUACACUUCUCUCAGACCUGGCAAAAGAGCCUAUGAGCCAGUAAUAAAUGACAUAAGAUGUAUCAGAUACACUGCGCUGCCAACUCCUGAAAUAACUGUUAAGCUUUCCUAUGAAGAACCCUAUAUAAGUCUGCCAGUUAGGCCCAAAUCGAUCCCAGUUAUUGAUUCAUACCCACCCCUGUUAAGUGCACCUAGCAAAAUUAAAAAAUCUAAAUGGGAACAUCUACAGGAACUUAAAUCGGUACUGCCUAAAGACACUCAUGCAUUUUAUGACAAUAUUUUGUAUACCAAAUAA